AUGUCUAAACAUUUUAAAUCUAACUUUUACUGGUCUCUUCCUAUCUCACUAUUGUUUUUACUAUUGUUGGUGACCAUACGUACAGGAGGCGUUGAACUGUUCCAAACUGAACCCGUCGUGUGCAUUAGUGAUGGUUGUUUGCGAGGCACGGUCUUGCAGAACAGUGUUGGCAGCUCUUAUCCAGCGUUUCUGGGCAUUCCGUUUGCCAAACCACCCAUCGGAAAGCUUCGGUUUGCGAAUCCACAACCCAACGAUCCAUGGCAGGGAAAGUACGAUGCAUCCACGACAAAGAGCGCAUGUAUCCAGAUAGUAACAGUCCUGCCAUCGCCUCGCCUGUACGGGUCAGAGGACUGUCUGUACCUGAACGUGUUCAUGCCGAAUUUAAAAAUACGUGAAGCGGCACUACUUCCCGUGAUGGUCUACAUUCAAGGUGGUGGAUUUUUGUACGGCUCAGCGCAACUGGAACAGCGUAAUCCUGCCCGGUUUAUGACCUCUCGCCGCGUUAUUGUCGUUACGUUCCAGUACCGCUUGGGUGUGUUUGGAUUUCUUUCCACGGGCGACCGGUUUGCACCAGGAAACUUUGGCAUGAAGGAUCAAGUGAUGGCACUCCGAUGGGUAAAGAAGAACAUCCGGGCGUUCGGAGGUGAUCCCAACCGGGUUACGAUCUUCGGUGAAAGUGCUGGAGGCUCCAGUGUACAGUUCCAGAUGAUCAGUCCUCUGAGUCGUGGUUUGUUCCAUCGAGCAGUAAGCAUGGGAGGCAGUGACUUCUUUAGCUUGAGCGGACCAAUCGAUAAUCCUCUUGCACUUGCAAGGACACUGGCGAACGUGGUUGGUAUUGAAGCCAAUGAACUGUCAACGGUGGAACUAGUUGAGCAGUUGCGUAAGGUGGAUGCGUAUGAGCUGACGCGCAGUAUCGAACGGUUAAAGCUGUGGGACAUCCACCCGAUCACCCAAUACCUUCCCGUAGUGGAGCCACCGGAAGAACCAGAACCCUUUUUGGCCGAAGACCCACGCGCUGCCUGGCAGAAGGGAGCAUAUGCGAUCGUUCCUUGGAUGACGGGAAGUAUUCCAAACGAUGGAUCGAUCGUCACACAGACGAUCUACAGGAAUGAUUCACUGGUUGAGGAUUUAAAUUCUAAGUUUGUCAAUCUGUUGCCACUUAUAUUGAGAACUAGCAUCACGAAGGAGAAACUCGCACGGCUAAGAAAACGAUUCCUCAAAAACACUCCUCCCUCGAAGUGGAUUACCAAGGAUAACUACGCUGAGAUCACUAAGUUUCGUGGCCGGUACUCCUUCUCCACACUGUUCACUGGGUCAGACAAAUCAUACGGCAUUAGCCAUCUCGACGAGAUGAUUUACCUUUUCCGUAUGCCACUGUUUUUCCCCGAGUUUCCACCAGGUUCACCGGAAGCGGAAAUGGCCCAGCUGUGGGUGAAGUUUAUCGUAGACUUUGCAACGCAAGAAUCGGUCGAUAAGAUCGGAACAUGUUACGGUGAAAAAUGUGACGUGGUGACGUUUGCAAACUCCAACAAUCGAUACUUUCCCGUACGCAAACAACUAUUGCCAGGGCUAGACGAAGAGAUGUACCGCUUUUGGAAGAGAGGCGUUGAACUGUUCCAAACUGAACCAGUCGUGUGCAUUAGUGAUGGUUGUUUGCGAGGCACGGUCUUGCAGAACAGUGUUGGCAGCUCUUAUCCAGCGUUUCUGGGCAUUCCGUUUGCCAAACCACCCAUCGGAAAGCUUCGGUUUGCGAAUCCACAACCCAACGAUCCAUGGCAGGGAAAGUACAAUGCAUCCACGACAAAGAGCGCAUGUAUCCAGAUGGUAACGAUCUUCCCAUCGCCUCGCAUGUACGGGUCAGAGGACUGUCUGUAUCUGAACGUGUUCAUGCCGACUCUACAAAUACGUGAAGCUGCACCACUGCCCGUGAUGGUUGACAUUCAAAGUGGAGGAUUUUUGUACGGCUCAGCGCAACUGGAACAGCGUAAUCCUGCCCGGUUUAUGACCUCUCGCCGCGUUAUUGUCGUUACGUUCCAGUACCGUUUGGGUGUGUUUGGAUUUCUUUCCACGGGAGACCGGGCCGCUCCGGGUAACUUUGGCAUGAAGGAUCAAGUAAUGGUUUUGCGAUGGGUAAAGAAAAACAUCCGGGCAUUUGGAGGUGAUCCCAACCGGGUUACGAUCUUCGGUGAAAGUGUUGGAGGCUCCAGUGUACAGUUCCAGAUGAUCAGUCCUCUGAGUCGUGGUCUGUUUCAUCGGGCAAUAAGCUUGGGCGGUAGUGAUUUCUAUAGCUUGAAAGGAGCUAUGGGUAGUCCUCUUGAUUUCGCAAGAGCGCAGGCGAACGUGGUUGGAAUAGAGGACGCCAAUGAACUGUCAUCGGCGGAGCUGGUCGAGCAGCUGCGAAAGGUGGAUGCGUAUGAGCUGACGCGCAGUAUCGUACGGUUAAAGCUGUGGGACAUCCAUCCGAUCACCCUGUACCUCCCACUGAUGGAACCGCCGGAGGAACCAGAACCAUUUUUGGCCGAAGAUCCUCGGGCUGCUUGGCGUAGGGGUGCGUAUACGGCUGUUCCUUGGAUGACGGGAAGCAUUCCGAACGAAGGAUCCUUCAUCACACAGACGAUCUACAGGAAUGAUUCACUGGUUGAGGAUUUCAAUGCGAAGUUUGUCUUUGCGUUACCGUUCAUGCUAGGAACUAACAUCACGAAAGAGAAAUUCACAGGGCUUAGAAAGCGUUUCCUCAAGAAUACUCCUCUUUCACAAUGGGUUACCAAGGAUAACUACGCUGAGAUCACUAAGCUGUUUUCGGAAGCCUAUUUCCAGUAUCCGAUGAUAAAGAACAUCAAGCAACACCUCGCCAACCGGAAGAAUACGUCGACCAGUGUCUACUCCUUCCAGUUUCGUGGGCGGUACUCCUUCUCCAAACUGUUAACCGGCUCAGAAAAGUCUUACGGUCUUAGUCAAGCUGACGAGAUGAUCUACCUUUUCCGUAUGCCACUAUUUUUCCCCGAAUUUCCACCAGGCUCAUCGGAAGCGGAAAUGGCCCAGCUGUGGGUAAAGUUUAUUUUAGACUUUGCCACGCAAGAAUCGGUCGAUAAGAUUGGAACAUGUUACGGCGAAAAAUGUGACGUGGUGACGUUUGCAAACUCGAACAAUCAAUACUUUCGCGUAAGCAAAAAACUUGUGUCAGGGCUGGACGAAGAGAUGCACCGCUUUUGGAAGGGGUUUUAUGAGGAAAUAGCAUAA